CGUUCAUUGUUGCCAUUCCACCGACAGCAACUCACGAAAUAUUGAACCUGAGUUAUUAUACGGCAAUAAUCCUGUUGAUUGUCUAUGGACUGUGUUUGCUGUUCCAGCUUUUAACUCAUACUUGGUAUUACCUUACCGAAGAAGAUCAAGGACCUGAAUUCACUUCUAUUAUUUCUUUCACCGUCUUGCUUAUGGUUAGUGCCAUAGUCGGCCUAUGUGGUGAAUUUCUUGUAUCCUCAUUAGGAGACAUCAUGACUUCUGUAGGUUUGACCAAGACAUUCGUUGGUCUGAUACUAUUGCCUGCAGUUAGUAAAGCUUCCGAAUGCGUGACGGCUGCUACUGUUGCUAUGAAGAAUGAGAUGCAGUCACUUAUUAAUACUACUGCAGCACGCUCACUGCAAACCGCCUUAUUUAUUACUCCAUUCUUGGUUGUGCUUGGCUGGAUUAUCGGUCAGCCGAUGACUUUAUUUUUCGAAGUGUUUCAAACAGUGAUAUUGUUUGUUUCGGUGUUAAUUCUGAAUUUCUUAAUUCAGCAUGGUGAAUCUAAUUGGUUUACUGGUGUGUUACUUCUUGCGACAUAUGUCAUCAUCGUUAUAGCAUGCUAUUUCUAUCCCGAUCUUCCUGAGCCAUCAUGGGUUGUGCGGUAUCCCAAGAGUUUUGCAUCAACAGAAUUGCGGACGAGGGAGACAUAUUAA